AAAAGGAAGACAGACACGCCAAUCAAAGAGAGAGAACAAAAAAUAAAGCUUUCCCAGCAGAAAGACAUAGACAGAGAGACAGACAGACAGACGGAAGCGGAAGAGCGAGCGAGCGAGCGAGCACCCCAGCCAGGCAGACGGAAGAACCAUGAUCGUCGACGCGGUGAGGGUCGCCUGCGGAUCGGACGGCGUAAUGGUCGAGGACGAGGACCCUCUCCGCCCGCCGCCCUUCAGCCCGCCCCUCGACUCCGGCCACAACCCCUCCGAGGCCAACCCUGCCGCAGGAGAAGCGAGACUCCACGCCGAGCUGCAGUCGACGCUCAUAGAACAACAGGACCAGCAACAACGCUGCACUGAGAAGGGCGUCGUUUCAGAAGUCAAGGGGUCGGGCGAGGUGUGCCAAGGGUGCCAUGACGUCAUCGCCGACCGGUUCCUCCUGCGGGUCAAUUCGAGGUCGUGGCACCAGACUUGCCUUCGGUGCUGCGUGUGCCAGCUGGCCCUCGACCGGCAGCCGUCGUGCUUCAUCAGGGAACACAACGUCUACUGCAAGUCCGACUACACGAGGCCCGGCCGUCUCUCUCCCGCAGGCUACCCGCUGGACCGCGCCCCUUCGCGCCUCUCGGACUACGGCGACAUCUCCUCGUCUCCCUCGUCCUUGGACUCUCCUCUCUCGCAGAUCCUCUAUAGCUUCGGAUGAUUGACGGCCCACGCCCACUCCUAUCCGCACGCCCACCAUUCGCACGCCCCCGGCCCGGCCCAUCUGAGUCAGGUGGAAGAGGUGGCGGAAUCGCACCAGCAGGUUCCGAGGGUAGGCGAGGCCCGGCCGCCCCCGGGGAUGGGCGUCUCGGCUUCCGAGGCGGCUCUUCUGGGCGUGGGCGUGGGUCUCGGCGUGGGCGU